GUUUUUUAUAUUCUGCCCAUUCUGUAGCGCGUGCCGGUUUUGUUUCGUUCUGCGACCUAGCGUUUCUGCCUGAGGGACCCUCUGUCUUCCCGGUUAACCACCGUAGGGUAUUAGUUCAAGAUGUCCAACUCCGUCAGCGAUGUGUUCCUCUCAUUUCAAGAACACUUGGACGGCGAGCAAGACAUUCGCGAGGAAAUUCGCUUGGCAGUGCGUGAGAUAGAGCAGACGGCUCGUGGCAUUCUCACUCUGCUACAAGCCAUCCAUCAGCAGACUGGCAUCAACACCAUUCCCGAGGUGUGCCAGAAAAGCAAGGUACAGUUUGCUACUAUAAGGGAUCAGUACCAGCUGCUCAAGUCCAAAGUGCCUGAAGGGCAGUACUACAGGUUCCAUGACCACUGGAGGUUUGUCACUCAAAGGCUGUGCUUCCUUGCGGCCCUCACCAUCUAUUUGGAGGAGGAGCGCCUUGUGCAGCGUGAGCAGGUGGCCGACUUGCUAGGCGUGUGUAUAGAGCAAGACAAGGGCUUCCACUUGGAUCUGGAUGACUACUUGAGUGGGCUGCUCAUGCUGGCUGAUGAGCUGAGCCGUUUUGCUGUGAACAGUGUGACUGCUGGAAAUUAUAGCUGGCCAAUGAAAAUAUCAAAAUUUGUGACAGAGAUGAAUUUGGGAUUCCGACUGCUGAACUUAAAAAAUGAUAGCCUUCGCAAGAAAUUUGAUGCACUGAAGUACGAUCUCAAGAAAGUGGAGGAAGUUGUUUAUGAUCUGUCGAUCCGAGGACUCAAGCCUUCAGGUGAUGCCGACUUGAUGCCCAAGAGUGGCUGAGUGUGGGUGUCUCAUUAGACCUGGCCAUUAACUGUUUCAUCUUGUUCUGUUCUGUUUGUCAUCACAUUCUUGUUCAUUCAUUUGGCAGUGGAAGCCAUUGAAUAAAAGGGUGUUCAGUUUUGUUAAGUA